AUGGUUCAUGCACAUGAUGUUGCCCUGCUCCAUCCUUCAAGCGAAUCAGAGCGAAACUUUGCGCAGCGCAAGGAGAAAGCCGCGAUACUCCUGUGCUUUUCCACAUCGGCGUCUUCCAAGCUAGAAGCAACCGGAGACUCAUUGAUACGAUGGGCUCCUCCUCUCCACUCCUAUCGUGUCAAUAUGUGCUCUGCGUUGCCCUCAGCUGACGACUAUGCCUGGAUAUGGCCGAGACGAGCAUACAAGACGUCGAAGUCAAGUGGAUACCGUAGUGGACAUUGUUACCGACCUUGCGUUCAAGGUGUUCUAGUCUUUGGGACCCCGACCUCGAGAAAGAAUUGCCGAUCUUCCGGCAAUGAAUACAAACGAUCUGAUAAUGACACUUCAUUAUUGACAUGGUUUUCAGCCCAUCUAUUCUUGAUCUUUACGGAACUCUUUUAUACUGAGUACCUGAUGAUCCCGAACGCACCUCACGAGUAUGAGCAGGAAUACAGACAGGAUGUGCUUAAUAGUGACGAGCAGACACAUUCUACAGCUAGAUCUGCCCCGGCAACAAUGUCUGCCACCGAACCGACAGCCUCUACCUCUACUGCUGGCACUACAUUUCCAACGAGCUCAAACACUGAUGGCAGCCAUCCUCUUCCGCCCGUACCUCAGGACGUAUCACCAGAAUCAUCAUCACCAACGCCUACUCAAACGAUCGCAGCAAUGCGGAUGAACACUGCUAAUUCUAACACUGGCUCGACAUCAGUAGGGAGAAAUGGGACGAACACAACGACAAGCUCGGGACUAGGGAUGGGCACACCAUUGCCGUCACCAGCGCCAAUUUUACAUGCGCAAACCAUGCCUUCGCGGCCUGCACCACUGGUCAUGCCUCAUAUUGUCGAAUCGGACUCUCCAUCAUCCUUCACAAGCUCCGGUCCUUCAGGCUCACCCCCACGUCACUCUCGUCAUCAACCUUCUUUACCCCACUUGCCGUCUUCCCCACUACCAUCACGCACGCUGCCUCAACCAAUUUCACGUUCAAGCGCAGGUAUCAGUACUCCACAACGAUCACUCUCCUUCGUUGAACCACCAAGUCGAGUCCCCAGUGCGCGGACGUACAGCGGUAAUGGGCUCAGGUACUACAACGGAAAUGGGGAUGGCAGCGGAAGUCAGCCUGACCGUCACAGGACGUCCUCAGUGAUAACGUCAAUGGAGAAAGCCAGUAUGCUAUUCGACCCCGACGCUCCACCAACGAGUCCUUCUGGACGUGUCCUGCAGGUUGACCUCCCCCCACUUACACGUAAUGAUCGACACAGAGAUCGGGAUUCGCGUUACCACGAUAGCGGAGUUGCGAUGCCCAUGCCCGCAGUUAUGUCUGGUGACAGGGAGAAAGGGCAGAUGAGCAUGAUGUCCAGCGGCCGUCGUAGCAGAGUUCGGACUCGACGAGGUGACGGGGGAGAUGACGGUGGAUCAGGCGAUAGUGAUAGUGAAUCAAUCGGCGUGCCAGUACGUCUCUCCGUUAUGCCACCCACGUAG